CCAACAUGGAAGUAGCUCAACAAAUAUGGUCACAGCUGGACAACCUCUAUGCUAAGGAUCCUAAGGCAUAUGGUCAAUUUCUCCAGAAGCUCAAACAGGAUGCCAUUGAAGGAACCGAAGCCGCUAAGGCACAAUUGCCACAAGGGGUGUUCACACUACAAUGCUCAGGAACCAUUGUAAACGGGUCACCGCAACACUAUAUCAAUGUAUGCCAGAGUGAAAAGCUGAAAGCACGGGUUGAAGACAAGAUUACUGUAGUUGUUUCGAAGCAACGCCGAGGAAAGAAUGCAGAUGGUACAAUUUACCACGUCUACGAUGCGGUGGUGCAUAAAAUGAUUAUUGCUGAAGCCAGGAGCGAUUCUUUAUUUGCAAAUGGCUUACAAGAUCUUGUUAUCGACUGCAUCGAGGAAGCUUUCUCGAUAAGAAUCGACCGAAAAAAUAUCCGAAAACUGCAAUCUUACAAAGCGCCGUACGGGUGGGAUGAGAAUGGCCGGCCCAUUGACGGUGACGGCGCAACCGAGGACAGCGGAAGGAUACCAUCGCAUACUAUACCCGAACCAGUGGACUUGUCGAAAAUGACUACGAGCUCGCUGCUGACUCGCAUGCAUGCAGACUCUGAACUAUCAUCCGCAGCGGAAGCCUCUUCUCCUAGCGACACAUUACCAGCUCUGAAUUUGCCAGACGGGAACGGAACAGCAGGGAAAAGGGGCACGAUCCAAGAGCUGGAUGCAGUCGGUACAACUCCUCUGGGACGUGGAAAAGGUGCUGAAGAUGGACGACAUUCAACUAGAAUGGGCAUAGGUUCGGACAAAGCUCCCAUGUAUACUACAACCACAGGCAAUGGUAAUUGGAUGGUAGAGAUUGUCCUUCCAGCAAUUGAAUCUGCAUCAGAUGUAGCGGUGUAUGCUACCGACAUAUCAAUAGAUAUGGAGACCGAAGGGACAAAUGUAUCUAUUCCACUACCUAAAGGCGUCGAUGUAGAUACGGCGAAAUGCAAGUUUUAUAAAGCAUCAAGGAUUCUACAGAUUACUUGUUCAUGCAGCACUCUGGCAUAGCAGAAGAGAAUAUAUAAAAUGAUAUGCACUAUGGAA